AUGGAAAUGCAAAAGGAGAAUGCGGCUUUGAAGAGGGAGGGCGAGAAGUUGAGGGUUGAGGGCGAGGGCUUGAAGGCUAGGAUCGAGAGUUUGGAGCGUCAGGUGAAGGAGUUGAAUGGGGCGAUGAGUUACGUUUUGGGGGUGAAGAGUGAGGAGCUUAAGGGGGAUAGGCUUUGGUAUCAGCCGUUGGAGGGCUGGUGGAAGAAGUGGAAGGGGAUGGAGUAG